CUUCAUCGCCUGGAAGAAGGCCCCAGUACCACCACGGUGAUGACUCGAGAGGAGGGUCUCCAGUACUACAAGACAAUGCAGAUAAUCCGACGCAUGGAGCUGAAGUCUGACCAGCUGUACAAGCAGAAGAUCAUUCGUGGCUUCUGCCACUUAUACGAUGGCCAGGAGGCUUGCUGCGUAGGGCUUGAAGCUGCCAUAAAGCCUACAGACCAUGUGAUAACAGCUUACAGAGUUCAUGGCUUUAGCUAUACACGAGGAGUGCCUGUUCGAGAAAUUCUCGCUGAACUCACAGGUUUGUGUUGGGUAAAAUGAGGAUUUGC